GUAACGUAACCAACAACUAUUGUCACAUGACAAACAAAAUGGCAGGCGAAAUUGGUGUCAUUGUGUUGUUCAGUUGUUGUUUGGCCAUCGCGAUAUGCAAUGUUCAGCAACAAUACAGGGAAAAGGGUCGCAGCGUUGCUGUUACGCAGACGAGUGGAAUGCCAUGGCCAAUGCCAAAACAGAUGACAGUUACGACAAUCCAACGCAUCCUUGAUGUCGGUUCGUUCCAGUUUCUGGUAUCCUCCUCUACACAAAGAUGCGACAUAAUAGACGAAGCUUUUGUGAGGUAUAGAAAGUACAUUUUCGGGAACGACGACAGAACCUUGAAAUUUAAAACAAACCGAAAGCCACGACAUGGAUCAAUCGAUCAAGAAGCUUAUUUGGACACCCUGCAAAUAAAUAUUGCAUCUGGGUGUGAUGGCUACCCUUCUGAAGAGUCCAAUGAAGCAUAUACACUAAUGAUAUCACAAGAUGCUAGUACAGCAACUAUUAAUGCAAAUGAAGUAUGGGGAGCUUUGAGAGGCUUAGAAACAUUCAGCCAACUUGUGUACCAGAAUGACAUGGGUCUGGCUGUUAUUAAUGCUACGAUAAUCAAUGAUGCUCCCAGAUUUCAGCACAGAGGUCUGCUGUUAGACACUUCGAGACAUUUUCUCUCAUUGGACAUUCUGAAGGAAAACCUGGAAUUGAUGGCGCAGAACAAGUUCAAUGUGUUUCACUGGCACAUUGUCGAUGACCAGUCCUUCCCAUAUGAGAGCUACUAUUUUCCAGACAUGAGUAGAAAGGGAGCCUACUCUGUCAGACAUGUGUACACCCAUAGCGAUGUCAAAGAGAUCAUUGAGUUUGCACGUGUCAGAGGCAUCAGAGUUAUACCGGAGUAUGAUUCUCCAGGUCAUUCUCAGUCGUGGGGGCUUGCAAUCACUAACCUGCUGACCAAGUGUUACAAAGAUGGACAGUUGUCGGGUGACUUUGGGCCAAUCGAUCCGUCAGUGAACUCCACAUUCCAGUUCCUGCAAAAUUUUUUCUUGGAGAUUUCGCAAGUGUUCCCUGACAAGUUUAUUCAUCUAGGUGGAGAUGAGGUCCCUUUUGAUUGUUGGGAGAGCAAUCCAGAUAUAACCAGUUUCAUGACCAUGAUGGGGUAUGGGAAGAACUAUGCGCUUCUUGAAGAAUAUUAUAUGCAAAGAUUGAUAGACAUUGUCCAAGGAUUAAAUAAAGGGUACAUGAUAUGGCAAGAGGUUAUUGACAAUGGUGCAAAGGUUGCCCCAGACACUAUAGUACAUAUCUGGAAAGGUGGUUACCAGGAUGAGUUAACAAAAGUUACCAAACUUGGGUACAAUGCGGUAUUAUCUGCCCCUUGGUAUUUGAACUACAUUUCCUAUGGCAGCGACUGGAGAAACUACUAUCAAGUCGAGCCACUUAAUUUUAAUGGUACAGAUGCCCAGAAGGCGCUUGUGAUUGGAGGUGAGACGUGCAUGUGGGGAGAGUAUGUGGACAACACAAAUCUCAUACCUAGGAUGUGGCCCAGGGCUGCGUCUGUAGGCGAGAGGCUGUGGAGCCCGAUGGAAGUGAACAGUGCAGAUGCGGCCACAUCCCGACUGGAGGAACACAGGUGUAGGCUCCUCAAACGAGGUUUCCCUGUACAACCCGUGAAUGGACCUGGCUUCUGCUCAGUGGAACUGUAAUGAUUACCAAUUAGCGAAUCACUCCUCUGAUCUAUGAAAACAAAACUACACAACCAAUUAACUUGGUGCAAAUUUAGUUUUUAUUGUUUAUAACGAAUAUGUAAUCAACUCCAUAACCGAAUUGGAUUGACUUUGAACAUUUCACAAAAUUGGGUCGGCUAGCACAGUUAGUAGAACACUUGACGACAAAUACAAGGAUCGCGGGUUUGGUCCCUGAUCCUCAAAACUUUUGAUGAUAAUCUUUCAUGAAAUCCCUUUUACAUCCCUUCACACCAUCUCUUUAGUCAAUGUUGUCAGUACCUGGCAUAACUCAGGAAAAGUGUGAGGUUGUAAACUGGCAGCAUAUUUCAACAAACAAACAAAAUGUCACAAACACAUUAUUUUUGUAUCAUGUGUAAUGUUUCAUUAACAUCAAUACUAUUUUUAUACCCCCACUAAACGAGGUUUAGGGGGUAUAUAGGAGUGGGCUUGUCGGUUGGUGGGUCUGUCGGUCGGUCGGUCCGUGUCAGCUCUCUAAUUCAAGUAGUUUUCAUCCAAUCUUCACCAAACUUGGUUAGAUGUUGUAUCUAGAUGAUAUCUAGGCCAAGUUCGAACACAACUAAACAAUGUUUAUGGGGGGUAUAUAGGAGUGAGCUUGUCGGUUGGUCAGUCUGUCGGUCCGUGUCCGCUCUCUAAUUCAAGUACUUUUCAUUCGAUCUUCACCAAGCUUGGUCAGAUGUUGUAUCUAGAUGAUAUCUAGGCCAAGUUCGAACAUGGGCCUUGCCGGGUCAAAAACAAGGUCACAGGGUCACUUAGUGCGUUAUAAACAUUCAGCAUGUUGUCUGCUCUCUAAUUCAAGUAGUUUUCAUCAGAGCUUCACCAAACUUGGUCAGAAGUUGUAUCUAGAUGAUGUCAAGGCCAAGUUCAUGGGUCAUGCCGGGUAAAAAACUAAGUCACUGGGUCACUUUGUACAUUUUACACAUUCAGCAUGGCGUCUGCUCUCUAAUUCAAGUAGUUUUCAUCCGAUCUUCAUCACACUUGGUCAGAACUUGUAUCUAGAUGAUGUGUAAGUCAAGUUCGAACAUCAGCCAUGCAGGGUCAAAAACCAGGUCACGGGGUCAAUUAGUGCGUUUUAAACAUUGAGCAUGGUAUCCGCUGUUUUUUGUGAAGACAACAUGCAAAAUAAUCUGUUUCAAUGCGGCAUGUGGGGGUAUUCGUCACGUCUGUGACAAAGCUCUAAUUUUGAUGCCUGUGAUUGUUUCCAAAUGUAUUAAAUACAUAUUUAUAAAUUCGUUUGAAUGUUG